AUGCUCGGGAUAAUGGCUGAGGUGGCCCUGAAGGUGGCUGUGCCCGCAGCGCUGCUGCUGCCCUACCCUGUCACCAACCUGCUGCUGGACCUGGUGCUCCUCUUCCUCUACCUCGGCAUUGAAGCCACUCGCAUCUUCUUUGGCUCCAAAGGCAACCUGUGCCAGAGGAAGGUGCCCCUCUCCAUCAGCCUGGCCCUCACCAUCCCCUCUGCCCUCAUGGCAACCUAUGCCCUGCUGUUCCAGACCUACUCCCUGCGCCUGGAGGCCUUCCUCAGCACCAUCCUCCUCCUCUUCUACACCCUGGAGCUACUGCUGGGCCUCCUCGCCCUCCUCUCCUUCUCCAGGUAA